GAUCAGAUGGUCGAAUCUUUCAUAUUUGUAUACUGAGCCUUACGAGCCAAUUGUUCAUGGAACUUUUGGGAUUGACCAACCUGAACCUUUGGAUAUGUUUAUAAUACGAAAGAUAGAAUAUUUAAUACAAAUUAUUAAAACUUUUUUUUACAUAAGAGGAUUUGGACAUCCAGAAUAUGAAGGAUUACCUUAUGAGCCAAUUGUACAUAGAACUUUUGACAACAAUCAACCUGAACUUUUGUAUAUUCCUGAAAUGUUUGCAAUACAAAUUAUAAAAGAUUUUUUUGCUGAAAUAAUGGCUGGAGGUCAUGGGUUCGGAUAUCCAGAUUAUGAUGAGAUUCAAAGCAGUGAAAAAUUUACUCCUACCGUCGCUCCAGUGAUAAAUAUUGAUGGAUUUAAAGCGGAAGAGUGGAAAAAUUAUAACGAAAAAAUUCUUGAAAAAAAAAAACAAACUAAAAUUGACCAAGACUGGGCUGAGGUUUACAGUAAAUUUAUAAUGUUUAAGUCAAUUUAUGAUUCUAUCAAAACACAAACGUUUGUGGCUGAAAAUCUAAAGACUAAAGCAAUCAAUAGUAUGAUCAGAAAAGCGAUUCGAGAAUCAAUGUUCUCAGAAAUAUCAAAAUUGAGAAAGGUCUUUGAAUAUACCAUGAUUGUUAUAGAAAAUAAGAAUAUUAGUUUAGAAAAUUUUCUUGAAGAAAUACGAGAUUUAAAUAUUACUUUAAAUUAUCUUCAGGAGAUUAAUAAAGAUGGUUUUUUGGCUUUACUUAGUGCUAUCAUGAAUAAAAAAGAG